UUUUUUUUUUGUAUUUUAUAUAAUCCCCCAUUCCUUACCCUUUCCCUUCCUUCCUAUCUUGUCAGUAAUGAAAAUCACCUUUUGUAUUACUGCUCUUUUGGCAGCUUUGGCUGUAGAUGCGGCUCCUCAUCAUUUAGACCAAGGCAAUGUUUUCACUUUACAAUCUAAUCCUCAUUACCAACGUAACGCCACCAAUGAAGUGUACCAUUCUGUAUCCAAGUAUGCUCGAUUCAGUACUGCUGUUAAAUCACUUGCUGUAGGGAAUGUGCCUGUCAAAAACUAUCAUCAUGACCUUGCUUAUUAUGGUGUUGUAACCAUCGGUACUCCUCCUCAAAAGUUCAACAUCAAUUUUGAUACUGGAUCAUCUGAUUUAUGGGUAGCUUCUACUCUUUGUUCUUCUUGCAAGGGACAUAAAAAAAAUUUGUUUGAUCCCAAGAAAUCAAGUACCUAUCAAAAGGAUGGUCGUCAAUGGAACAUUGGUUAUGGUGAUGGAUCAUCUGCAUCAGGUAUUGUUGGGUAUGAUACUGUUCGUUUAGGUAGCCUGACUAUCAAGAAACAAGGUAUCCAAUUGGCUAAACAAGAAUCAUCCUCUUUUAAUAACGAUCCCAUGGAUGGUAUUUUGGGUUUGGCUUUUCCUUCCAUCUCAUCUGUCAAAAUCAAUACACCUAUCACGAACUUGAUCAACUCAAAAACUUUGACAUCUCCCGUUUUUGGUGUUUGGCUUGGAAAAGAUAAUCAAGGUGGUGGUGGUGAAUAUACUUUUGGUGGAUACAACAAGAAGCAUAUCAAUGGUCCUUUGACUACCGUUAAAGUCGAUAAAUCUCAAGGCUUCUGGGGUGUCAAUGUAAGCCAACUGAAAUCAGGCAACAAGAAGAUUCAUGGUUCCUUCCAUGGUAUUCUAGACACUGGUACCACACUUCUUAUUUUCCCUGAUGCGAUCGCCCAGGAAGUGGCAAAGGCAUAUAAGGCCAAGGACAAUGGUGAUGGUACAUUUACUAUUGACUGCAAUGUGUCUAAGCUCAAACCAUUACAAUUGACAAUGGGUGGUAAAGAUUUUGAAGUGAGUCCUGAUUCCUUGGUAUACCAAAAGAAUGGAUCUAAAUGUACUGCUGGUUUUGGAUCUGCCACUGAUUUGAAUUUUGCCAUUAUUGGUGAUACUUUCUUGAAAAAUAACUAUGUUGUAUUCAAUCCCAAGGUACCUCAAGUACAAAUUGCUGCAUCAAAGAAAUGAAGCGUAGUAAUAUAAUAAUUAUGAUUAUCCUAUUUUAUGUAAUAAAAACUCCAAUUGUAAUUUUACAAAUUAGCGGUGAUUCGUUUUUUUAUAUUGGAUGCACGUCGUGAACUUCUUCAUAUUCUACUUGUGUAACAGCAUAAAAGUUCUAAUAAAAUGAUGAACCAAUGCAAAUAAUCAUAUACCAGGUAUUUUUUAAAGUUUGACUUUUAUUUGAGAAAAAAAAA